AUGUCUUCAUUUAUCGUCAAGUGGAUUGCUAACCGUCUUUUAAAAGAUAAUCAGUGGAAUAAGUUGGGAGUUGAAGACCCAUACUACGAAUAUGUACCUAUUCAAAAGAAAGACGGAACAAAGCACAAGAAGAUAACCAGAAGAAUCCCAGAGGGUAUUUCUCAACACGAUAUUGGCAUCUUAGAAAUUUUCAAAAAGAAGGCAUACAGGUACGAUUAUUGGUUUAAAUUACUUGGGGUCCAAUUUGGAUGGUCGAGUAUCGUGAGUGUGGUACCGGUUGUGGGGACAGUGAUACAAACGUAUUGGUCGUUGCAGUUGUUGGCACUCGCUAGGAGGAUUCAAGGUGGGUUGCCAUUGGAUUUGCAACUAUUGUUCUUGUUGAACAUUGCUAUCGAUUUCGCUUUAGGAUUUAUUCCCAUCAUUGGUAGUUUGAUUGAGAUAGGAUACAAAGCAAACUCGAGAAACUUUUUGUUGUUGGAAAAGCAUUUGGUUAGAGUUGGGCAGAAAAACCAAGGAUUGAUUUCUGAGGACGAGGUUCGUCCAGGUUUCAUCAAUGACACCGUACAACCGUUUGUUGAUGAAAAAGUGAAACCAUUUGUGGACGAAACAAUCAAGCCAGGCGCAAUUAAAGCCGGGGACCAAAUUUUGGAGUUGUUACAGAGGAAACCGCGCAGCUCAAGUGUCUCUUCAACUAACUCUGGUGUCAGCACAAAAGGCACUAGUGGGUCUACAACGCAAACCAGUAAUGCCACUGUCACCACUUCGUCAAAACCACUGUCCAUUGCAGAUUCGAAAGUAAAGGAAACCGAUUCAACUUUACUGCAUCACAAUAUCAAUUAG